UAAAGAUGGAGUUUGCUGAGCUGAUCCGCAUCUCUCGGUGUGACCGUGUGAUGCUCCACCGGCCCCACCCGGUGCUGGAUGGCACACUGUGCAUCACGGGGCACCACCUCAUUGUGUCUGCUCAUGGAGAGGAGCCAGAAGAACUCUGGCUUCUGCACAGCAACAUUGAUGCCAUUGAGAGAAGGCAGCAGGGCAUGACAGGGGGAACACUCUGGCUCAAGUGUAAAGACCUGCGCAUCCUCCAGCUGGACAUCAUCGGUGCUGACCAGUUUGCUAAAGUUGCUGACACGUUAGAGGAUCUCAUUCGUGUGGAGGAUCCAAUGUUCCAGUAUCCCUUUUUCUACCGUGCCAUGUACAAUGUUUUGGAGGACGGCUGGACCACCUUCCUGCCAGAAUCUGAGUUUUCUCGCGUCAUCCAGCAGGGUGAUGACUGGAGGAUAUCUUAUGUUAACAAAGAUUAUAAGGUUUGUUCAUCAUAUCCAGCUGCUGUUGUGGUGCCAAAGAACAUUGAAGACAGUGAUCUUGUAGCUAUUGCGAACUUCCGCCAAGGGGGUCGCUUCCCUGUCCUCGCCUACCGCCACGAAGGAUCGGCUGUUCUUAUGAGAAGCGGUCAGCCUCUCAUCACUGCCAAUGGGAAGCGAUGCAAGGAGGAUGAGCGUUUACUGAACAGUGUGCUGGCUCGAGAAAAGCGAGGCUACAUCAUUGACACUCGCACUCAAAACUUGGCGCAGUCUGCAAAAAAUCUUGCGCAGUCAGCAAAAGUUCAGCUGCGGGGCGGAGGCUAUGAGCCAGAGCUGCACUACCCAAACUGGCGCCGCGUCCACAAGCCCAUAGACCGCCACCACGUGCUGCUUGACUCCCUCACCAAACUCAUGGAUGGUGUGAAUGAUACAAACUCUGGAACGGACAAGUGGCUGAGUCGUCUUGAGAGCAGCAACUGGAUGAACAACAUCAAAGAGACCCUGAAUUGUGCCUGUCUUGUGGCUCAGUGCUUGGACCAGGAUGGAGCCUCAGUUCUUGUUCAUGACACAGAUGGGUUGGACUCAGCACUACAAGUCACCUCACUAGCCCAGAUCAUCCUUAAUCCAGACUGUCGAACUGUCAGAGGAUUUGAAGCACUUAUUGAGCGAGAAUGGAUACAAGGUGGACAUCCAUUUGCAACCCGUCAUGCACGGUCCUGCUACACACCCAGUGCCCAGCGCUCCAAGAUCAAUGCCCCAACCUUCCUUCUCUUCCUGGACUGUGUCUACCAGAUUCACUCUCAGUUCAGCUGUAGCUUUGAAUUUGCUGAAAAUUUCCUUGUGAUGUUAUUUGAACAUUCAUAUUCAUCACAGUUUGGUACAUUUUUAGGGAACAAUGAAGGUGAGAGAAAAAACAUGAAGGCCCCUGAGAGGACAGCCAGCCUUUGGUCAUACAUUAACAGACAUGAGGUGCUUCCCAAGUACCUCAACCCAUUGUAUGAGCCAAAUCAACGUGUCAUAUGGCCUUCUGUGGCUCCAAUGAGUCUGCAACUGUGGGCUGGUGUGUUCCUGAGAUGGGUGGUUGACCAGGGCCCGCAGGAGGCUGCCUGGCUGGUGGUGAAGGAGUUACGGGAGCGAGAUGCCGCCCUUCGCUCCAAGGUGUCGCGGCUGAGGCGGCAACUGCAGGACCUGGAGAGGGAGGCGCUGGAAGUGGGCAUACUGUCACCAACAAUGGAGCUAGAGGUGGCCUAGGGAGGGGAAUGAGGCUCUCAGGUUGUUAUUUAUGAAAGCUUGAUAGCAUAUGUGUGAGUGUGUGUGUAUAUAUAGUAUGUAUGUGUUGUUGAUCAGAUAAUUAUUUGACAAUUUUGUACUUUAUUUGUGUUAAACAGUAUUUUCUUUACAUUUACAUUUCAAAGCUGUUAGUAUUUUUAGUUCUUGUAAUAGACUAGUCAUCACAUUACACCUUCAUAGAAAAUAAAUUUCCCAAGAGAUGUAAAUUGUUUUGAAAAUGAUUGAAUUAUUUAAUACAAUUUUUCUGUAUUUAAGUUUAGCAACUUUUAAUAUGAAAUAUGUGUAGUGUUGAACUGACUACUUGUAUAAUCUUAUAAGCAAAUGUUAUAUAUGUGCAUAAUGUUAAUUGUACAUACAAUUUCAUGACAAAAUUUUGUCUGAAUUUGGCUGUCUCACAAGGAGUAGUGGUGACAUUAUGCAUUCUAAAUCAGGGACAAAAAAAUGCCUUUUGAUUUUCAUUUAUUGAUCUUCAUUAUAAAAAUACAAUGAUGUUUGAAUACAUUUCUUUUCUCUGCAACAAAAUACCAGAGAUUUUGACACAAGCGGAGCAACAUGUGAGCAGAGUAAUGGUGGAAUAGGCAAAUAGCUCAUCAUGACCUCUGAAGUGACAGAUGUGUUGUAAUAUACAUACCAUAAUUAAAAUCAUAAUUGUGGAUAGCUAUUGGUUUUAAAAGUUUAAUGAUUUGGACAUUAGACAAGGUAAACACACACACAAACAAACACAUACUUUAUAUUGUAUUUUGUAUAGAACUUUAAAGACACAUAAGCUAUCAAGAGCUCUUCAUAUAUGUAUACAAAUACUAUAAGUAGCAUCAUACAUUUUAAUGCAGUAAAUAGUUUCCAGUGAAGUUCAUGGUGUUCUAGCUUUAUACAAGGCAGAUGUCACUCACCACUCUGUCAGAAUAGUGAAGCCAUCUUCCAUCCACUCAUGCUUUUUUUACCUUUCAUGGCCGUGGAAGUAUGUAGUCAGCUGUGCUAUGCCUAAGCUCUUGGUCUGUGAGACUAUCCCUUAAAUGUAACUCACAGGCACAGGUAAAGACAGUUAAGUUGUAUUGGCCAUGAUUCCACUCCAUAUAGCAUAUUACUGUUGGGAAGAGUUAGGGCUACACUGGCAUUGAUGUGGUAUGACUACUUAAUGGCAUAAUAAUCCAUUGGUGUGUAGUAGAGUUUGAUGUUUAGAUGCUAUAGUGUUGUAGUAAAACACCCAGAACAGCCUCCCCCAGAAGGUUGUGGGUUUCCCUCAUGUGUUGUGAUUUCAGUAGCAAUCUUUAGCAAUAUUUCAUCAUACUCUUAGAUUGAAAGAUUGAAUAUAGGUAACAGUCAAUUUGGAAUGACUGAAAAUUUUACCUUUUGUAUCUUUCAUUUUUAGCACAUGUCUUGUGAAAUGCAUGAGCACUCUCUGGUAUGCAGUUUGUGUCCCUGGAUCAGUCUGUGUUUAGCACAUAAGUGACUUCUAACAUCUCAUCUACAUGAGUGAAUUGUCAGAAUUGUAAUUAGGAAAUAUUUUCAUUGGCCUAUCAAUGAUGGAUAAAUUGGAUAAAAAAUUAUUACACAACUUGUGUAAUGAACAUGCGUAUGGGAUGCUAAUAUCAUUCUAGCAUAGUGAUUACUAAUUUUUUUUAUGCCAGAAUAAGAAGGUUCUGAUUGAGAAGAUCAUGAAAUAGAGCACAUCCUUGUAUUUAUUUCCAAAUUUGAGUGUAUUAUGUGAUUCUUGCAAGGUGGAGGAUCUGAUAUGUAGCGUGUAUAUGCAACCCAAGCAGGACAUACAGUAGUGGCCAGAAGAUGAUGGCCCCGAGUCUGCAUAUCUCAUUGAAUGCCUUUAAUAUCAAAAUAGCUUUCAUUAGUUUAAUGGGCAAUAUUUCAGGUCCUUUAUUUUCCAUGAUGUGAUUAUUACUUAUGUUCACCACCAUUUCAAAAUCAUGGAAAUAAAACUUCAUGUUGAAACUGAAAGAUGAUUGGAAUGUGAAGCAGUAUAGUGUGGCUCUAAGCAGCACAUUGGUUGAUGUGGCGGCUGGCCUCUUGUGGUCUCUUGUGAUUUGAACAUUAAACAGCUUGAAAAAUGCUUGCCUUAUAAAUGCUAAGAUUUAAACAUUUAUUUGUCAGAAUGUGAUAUUUUUAUACUUAAAAAGCCAAUCUGCUCUUGCCAGUUACUCAGGAGCUUCUUACUUACUAUACACAUAUCCAACAAGUCCCCGUAGUACUCAGCAGUAUAUCAGGUGCAUUGCAAGUUCAUACACUUCAGCAAGGGUUUAGUUGUACAAAGAGUAGCUUCAUACAAUAGUGAAGUGUGUUUAAAGUUGUGCACAAUUUUAAUCUACUUUUGAGAAAAAAUAUAUAUAUAUAUAUAUAUAUAUAUAUAUAU